AUUUUCGCAGCCGCCAGCAGUCGUUCUUGAAAAUUCAUUGGAAGAUCUAAUCCACUAGAGCUUAGCUUUGAAUUCGUACACAAGUUUCCCACGUGGUAUCAUAGCUUUCGAUAUUAUUUCGAUUUAAGUUUCCCGACGAUUUUGAAACUUCGGUUUAUCGGUACUCAGUGUUCGGAGUUCUUUCCGGCCUCAGUGACUGACUUGUGUGUUUCCUCAGUUUUGGGCAGUGUAGCUUCGUUUCGGACGUCAAAUUUGCAAAAAAAUUCUCUAUUUACCGAGCUUGUGACUGUAAGCUUUGUGUGUUUUUCCACCGAGUAAACCAACGAGCUUAUCAAAAUGUAUCCGAACCCGUUGAACAGAAAGCACUCUGCUUUCAGACAGAUCAUCGACCGCUUUCUCCUGCCGGACCUGAACAACAACGAGAAGAACAAAAUAAUGGACAAAUUCAAAAGUGCCUUCAUCAAAAAGUCCAAAACCAACAUGCACAAAAUGAAAAGUGAGAAAAGCAUGUGUGCGAGCAAGUGAAUGUUCAGUUUUAUUGUAUGUAAUAUUUACUUAUUCAUUCCGAUGACUUACGGAUGGGAGCAUUUCGAGAAGAGUGGUUCCUUCAGAGGGCGAAUCCGAUUACUGGAACGGCAUUUCGCUCGAAUUCAGGCUUUGAAAAGACCUCUCUUUGGUGAGAAUUCCAGCUCAGAAUACGAGAGUCUCGUGCACGACGAGUGCAUGCUUUCCCCGCUCUCAAAAUGCCUCACUUGAUUCGAUGGCACGGGAAAUGAUCUCAAACCCCUUUUAUCCCAAGUUCAUCUAAAUCAAUGUCAGUACGUAAGUACGCCAAACAUUAGUCGACCGACGCAAAACGGAGAGCCCCAAGCGAAUCUUUUGAAGGGUUUCACAGCACAUGUAAGUUCAUGGAAACUGAAAAAGUUGCGGGCGUAUCGAAUGCCUUACUUUGGUGCCCUAAAGUCAAGAAAAUGGAACUGAAUCGUUUGCGUUUAGAAUCAAUUCAUUCGGUUAUCGAUACCUGAUUCUUCUUCUUCGUCAUAAAAAAUGGAGGCUUCUGAAACGAAUAUUGCGGAAGGAACGAUUAUCACGCAUAAUAAUCUAUUGGAUAUGGCGGUAGAAAUGCCUUUAUUGAAUCGGUCAAGUUCCACGUCAAAUUCUCAUGGGCAUUGGACACAUCGAACAAAUGUUUCGGGAAGAUCUGUUUUCGAGCACCAGUUACAAGCGGAAAAGUAAUGAAGCCUGGAGCAAUAAAACCAGCCCAACGAUUGCGGAUGUGUGUCUAUGGAAGUAGCGCAGAUAGGGCAGGAUCACGAUGUAGAAGAAGUAAGCCGGAAUCGCCAACACCGAAAUUGUGGGCCCAGAUCUGACCGCAAGGUCAACACGUUGACACCGCAAUACCACGGUUCUUGCUCCACACAAUGGUUGCUAAUCUCAAUCAACUGGAUCCCCUCACUCUUUACAUGGAAUUUUUGUACACCCGGUACAGAGCGUACAGAUGUUGAAGGUGCACACUAUUCAAAGCAGCCGAUUCAGAACUUCAUUAUCGGACCGAUUGUACCGACUGCGUCACUCGAGCUUGCCACAAUACUCAACAUGUUGAUGGUGGAAUUGAGAUUCAUGAGGCUGACUGUCGUAACCAAGGAUGCUCUACGAUUUUUGACUGCCUCCUUAUAACCUUAGCUUCUACGCUCUUAUUUAUUUGAAGAAUUUAGUUAUAAGUUUAUGUCAGAGACUGAUAAAAAUAAUUAUAAUUUGUAAUACACAAAACAAAAGUUUAUUUUCUACGAUCUCAACUACUCUCCUGUCCUAUAGGCAUAGAUCUUUCGCCCUCAAACGAAUUUCAAAUACGUCCGAAAAACUGCAUUUCCACUUUUCCUUGUUGAAGGUCGAAUCCUCCAUGACAAUUGUAAAAAAGAAAAUAAUACUCAGAUGUAAAAUAACUCGAAUGCUCCCAGUUUUUUCACUUGUAGUAGUGAAACACUCCUCAGCCCUGCGUGGGUGAAUUCUAAAAAUAUCCUACUAAUUUGAUCUCUUAUAUUCAUUUGUAAAUUAGGUAAACUAUAAGUGAACAGAAAUAAAAAUAAAUUAAUAUACAUGA